AUGUCUUCCGAGAUGACUGACAGCCCCAGUGCAACGUGCAGGGAAUCGGCUUGUCUCAUCGAUGCCAGGGGCAUGUCUGACCAAAGAGCUCUUGCUGCUGUUCUGCUGUCUCGUUCUCCAUGGGUGUGUGUCUGUUUGGUGCUCGGUCUCAGGGGACAUCGGCUGUACCUGGCGCUGGGCAGGCUUGUCUGCAGAAUAAGCAUAUACGGAGUAUCCCACAGGUAUCCAAAAGGCAAAAGGCAAAAGGCAAAGGGCGGUACGGCGGGCCUGACAAGCCAGUCUAAAUAA